GUCCAGAACGUGGACAUCACUUGUGGCACUACUCGUAGACGGCGUGGUAGUCAGUACAUCAGACGAAGACGUCAGACACAACAGGCAUCCAUUCUGUUGUCAUUUGAUAUAAAACUUAAAUGGAAAACACUUGGGAAUUCUAGCUUGGAUACUUAUAAUCGCUUUGAUACUCUUGCUAAAGGUCUGGGGUCAAUUAUAGAGAAUAGAGCAAGAUCAGGAUCAUUAGAUGUUCCUAUGUCUUCCCUGGAUACUGAUUCCUUGCAGUUUGGGCAACUCGGAAUACGGUGUGAGCCAGGCAGAUAUCCUCGUCUUACCACCAUUUCAUGCGCAUCGUGUCCAUUGGGAUCCACGUACGAUUCUACGGUUAAGAAGUGUGUCCUUUGCCCUAAAGGAAUGUUCCGCGACGAUGAAGACCAUGUGACUUGUUCAUCAUGUCCCCUGGGAAUGUCGACACCCUCCAAUGGAACUGUCAACUCUACCGAAUGUCGUCCAAUUUGUAAGAAAGGUUAUUACUCCCUGGAUGGAAUAGAACCAUGUACUCCCUGUUCUCGACUGGAGUACGGCCCCAGCACCUUGGCAACCAAAUGUGAAAAAUGUGAAAGGGGCAUGAUGACCAAUUCAUCCGCAAGUACACAAGCUUUAGACUGCUUAGCCUUUGAUGUUGCAAUCCGUGGCGGCGCUCACUCAACAACAGUGGGCAGUAUUUCAAGCGACCUUGUUAGUUUCACCUUAGCAUCAUGGGUCAAACUUUCAAAGUUUGACGACAUCAGUUUACAACUGUCUGUAAAGAAAGAAGCGCAAGAAAUCUUCGUCGACGUAGGACAGAGUGUCAACAUUACCUUACACAGCUCUCUGAGAUCCAGUGGUGUAACAAUCAAAAGGGGAGUCUGGCAACAUAUAGUUGUAGUUUGGGAUGCAGUCUCUACUACAUUAAAACUGUUUGUCCAGGGUACUGAGCAAUUUACGUCACAACUGACGUCAGUUACCGCCGGGAUAACAACAAUACCUUCUGGGUCAGACUUGUCUUUGUCAUUUAAAGGCCCUUCAUCCACAGCUGGACACAUUUCCGGUCUUUUAUUGAAAACCACCGUUUUGUCCGGCAACGCUAUAAAGACGUUAGCAGCGACCUGCUACACCAGUCAAACUGGAGCGCUCUACAUGGACCACUUCUUACAGACAUAUGUCGAGGGGCUGGACCUCGUUACACCGAGUACAUGUGACGCAAAAGACGACUGCAUCCUAGAUCCAUGUAAUGGUCACAAGUGUAUCGAUGGACUAAACACGUUCACCUGUCAGUGUUCUGAUGGGUACACAGGAAAUACAUGUCAAAUUCCUCCAGACUACUGUAAGAACCACAAGUGUGAACACGGCGCCACCUGCCACAACCUGCUGACCAAUUACACUUGUUCAUGUUUGACUGGAUUUAAGGGACAGUUCUGCGAAUCAAAGAUAGUGGACGGUGGAUACGGCCAAUGGGGAGACUGGUCGAUUUGUUCUAAAUCAUGUGAAGGAGGACAAAUGGUCAGGAAUCGCGUGUGUGACAGUCCCGCUCCGGACCCUGAUGGCAAGCCAUGCACAGGUCAAGCAAACGAGACGGAAGCAUGCAAUGUAAAACCCUGCCCAGUUUGUCCACACCCGCCGCGGUCCUAUGGAUCACACAUGUCAUGCAAUAGAUCCAGCGAUCUUUUAUCCUGUAGUGUGAGCUGUCGAGAUGGAAUGUGGUUUACGCCAGGAUUCACUCCCCUUGAAGAGUAUAAAUGUGGAAAGGAAACGGCGUACCAGUGGAAUGGCAAGCCCCCUUCCUGUUCAAAUGUGUACACUCCGGAGCUGCUUGAAACCUCGACUACAAUACAAUACAACUCAGUCACGCCAUGCCAUGAGCCUGAAAAGUUCAAAGACGCACUUGUGAAGAAGUCCAGGGAAAAGCUUCAAUGUUCCCAUAACCAGACAUGUGAGAUAGAUGUCACGAUUGAAGGUUGUUCCGGUGACCGGUCGAAGCGUUCAUUGAGUGGUGUAAAAGCGAUCAUCACUCUCCGAGUGCCACUUGUAAAGGGCAAUAAUCUUGAUAUGGAAAACCUUGUCAAGACAAACGCAGUGAGUCCUGCUAUGAUGAAGUUACUACAAUCCGUUGCUGACCUGGAGACGUCGGUCCGCCAGUUGAACAGCACGCGGGAUAUUUUGACGUUUAAUGUGGACGGUAACGUGUACAAUGUCCUCACAAUAGUGUCCACCGGCAGCGUGAGAUGCGACAAGGGCAAGGUCAGACUGGAGGCUUUGUGUGUCGACUGCCCACAAGGCACCUUCAGCUCAGGUCGUGACAGUUGUCUCCCUUGUAAGUACGGGACAUACCAGGACCUGACGGGAUCUGAAGCUUGUAAGAAAUGCCCCAAGGGGGUGUCGACAGAGUUCAUAGGAUCUGUUUCGGAGGCUGACUGUUCUGUUGCCGUGCCCAUUGAAGAUGGUGUUAAUUCCGACGAGGAUGACAGCGGUGACAGUUUGGGGAUCAUCAUUGGUUGUACAGUCGCCGCCGUGGUACUUUGUGGAGUCGUUUUGGGAAUCGGUAUACGGUUUCACCUGAGAUCGAAGGCAAGGAAAACAAAGAUGGGGAGUUUCGCCAGUAUGAAUAUGGUCCACGGUGAGAAGCCACCUACAAACACGUUUUUGACCUGACGAAAUGCCGUUCUCUGUGGAAAAAAACUGCGCCACAAAACUCAGUGAAAAUGUGAUAUAUACUAUAGCUGUGAUAUCUUGUUUGAUUCGUCCCUUUCAAUUAUACUGUAUUAUAGUAUAAAGUUUAUUCAGUUUGUUACUAGUAUUAUCAUCAUAUUGUUUAUUCUGUUUUUGAUGUGAAUUAUAUAUAACAUAUUUAUAUUGGCUAUGACUAU